UGAAAGUCAUCCUUAGGAGCACUUCGGUGACGCCCCUUGGCCGAUUUGCUAGUCAAUCAAACCAACAUUUUUCUUCAGUUUUAGACCGUGACAACUAUCUGAAAGACUAGUUUUCUUUUUGUUCAUUGCACCCUCUCCGUCACACUCUUUGUACAUUGUAGUUUGAACCGCUGAGUGAACGUAGGUUCUCCAACUUCUCCCUCUAACCAACAACAAGCAGCUGACGGAACACUUUAGCCUGCAAGCCUUUUAGCCGGCUGUUCCUCCUGUCCCAACUGUUCUUUGUCUCUUCUCUACGAACCAGUCAGCCACAGCCGCCAAUUCAAAGCCGUGUUCGCUGACACUGGCUUACAAUCUCAUUUUAACCUGACUGACAAGAUUUAACUACACCAAAAUAGGUGGCUUUGGAAGCAAGAUGUCCAACCGAGUGGUGUGCAGAGAAGCAAGUCACGCCGGGAGCUGGUACUCUGCUUCGGGAUCUCAGUUGAAUGCACAACUAGAAGGUUGGCUGUCUCAAGCACAGUCUACAAUCAACCCCGCCAGAGCCAUCAUAGCUCCGCAUGCAGGGUAUACCUACUGUGGUGCGUGUGCCGCACAUGCCUACAAGCAGGUUGACCCUUCUGUUACUCGUAGGGUGUUCAUCCUGGGACCUUCUCACCACGUGCCCCUUUCCCGCUGUGCCCUAUCAACAGCAGAUGUUUAUAGAACACCUUUGUAUGAUCUGAGAAUCGACCAGAAGGUUUAUACUGACCUCUGGAAAACAGGGUUGUUUGAAAGGAUGAGCAUGCAGACAGACGAAGAUGAGCACAGUAUUGAAAUGCACUUGCCUUAUACUGCUAAAGCCAUGGAAAGCCACAAAGAUGAAUUCAGCAUCGUCCCGGUGCUCGUGGGCGCUCUGAGCGAAUCCAAGGAACAAGAAUAUGGGAAGUUGCUCAGCAAGUACCUGGCAGACCCUUCCAACCUUUUCAUCAUCUCAUCGGACUUCUGCCACUGGGGUCAGCGGUUCCGAUACACGUACUAUGAUGAAUCCCAAGGGGAAAUCUAUAGGUCUAUUGAACAUCUUGAUAAAAUGGGAAUGGGCAUUAUAGAACAGCUGGAUCCCAUGUCUUUCACAAACUACUUGAAAAAGUACCACAAUACCAUCUGUGGACGUCACCCCAUUGCUGUGCUCUUAAAUGCUGUAGCUGAGCUGAGGAAGAGUGGUAUAGACAUGAACUUCAGUUUUCUGAACUAUGCUCAGUCGAGUGAGUGCAGAAACUGGCAGGAUAGCUCCGUGAGUUACGCCGCGGGGGCGCUCAUCGUUCAUUGAGGUCGAUGUACGCAGGGGUCACUGCAGCAUCGCAGCCCUGCCAUUUAUUAUCUAUCGCCAUAACCUGACCCGUACCCGCUUCCCCCACCUCUGCCCCGCCGACCCCACAACCAAUGCCUUCUAUUUGCAGGAAGGACAUAGCCACGUUAAGCCAAUUGUCCCCCACUAUUUGUCACCUUCCCAGCUCUCCUGUCUUUUUCCACUCCUCUGUUUGCCGUCAGUCUCAAAACUUUAGGUGGAGUAUUUCAGUUUAAAGUGUAUUUUUGAGACAAUGGGUCAGUGGAAAAGUUUAGAGGAACUGUAAAGGGUGAACAUUAUGAAUGGAGUUAUGUGGGGAUGUUACAUGCGCCCUUUAUAGGGCCAAACCUGUCCCAUGUUGAUGUUUUAUGACAUCAUAGAUUUUGAUUUUUAAUGAGCAAUCUACAUCACACACUUGGUGUUUUGUGCUCAUGUUAUCUUCCUCUGAAAAGGAAUUAAAAUAAAUUUGCAGAUCCUCAUGGGAAUCAAAAUAAAUGUUAUGUUGCGGGAUAAAAGUAACCGGUAGUCUUUUUAAUGGCUGCUUCAAACAACACGUAACUAAUUAUAACAGUUUCUUCAGUAAUGAGUCGACAUAGUGUUAGUUUCUAACUAAAGGGCUGCAUUCAGUUAUGUUCACUAACCCCGCCCUCCUCGCUUUACAAAACCAAAAACUGUUACACCUCAUAUUACUUACAUUUUAUUCAUAUUGUUAAUCUUAUUUACUCUUAGCUCGUUUUAGUUGAUGUGAUAUUUAACAAAGUGCCGUGUGGAUUUGGACACAAGCAGUGUUGUUACAGAUGCUUUUUAGUCAUCAGUAUAAUUUAACCAGUAAAUUAGCAGCGCACUAAAUUUUAAAAGUUCCAUUAACAUGAUGUAACAUGUCCUGUUUAUAGAUUUUAAAGGGAACCAUGGACAGACUUGUAGUUCUUAAAGGAUAAAAAUUAGUAUGAGAAGUAUAACACCAUUUAAAAUAAUAUGACAUUAAAACCCCUGUUGAUGUUUUCGUUUUUAAACAAUUUGUAAAAUUAGUUUAACUAGUAGGUCGCCAAUGUUGUUGACAUCGCAGGGCGGUGAUGUCACUGGACUAGAUGCCUUAAUACUUAAAUACUUAAAAGUAGUGAUAUCAAAUAAGGGUGGUUUAAAUACGCUACGUGAUUAAUGUAAGGUCAACGAUAUGCUUUAAAAGCUACCACCAGAAAACACAAUGCUUAAAAGUAUGAGAGGGAAACGCAUGCAAAAAGUAUUUUGAGGCACUGAAAAGGUAAUACGACUCAACAAAAACACACAUAGUUAAUACUUACAGCUUUUAACUGAUAUGCGCUAGCCUGGCUCUGUCAGACUAUUCUCCCUGUAUUUUUCAAACACUGAGAGAAAUAGUCUGGGAACCAUCCCAUUAACGGCCUUUUCGAGCAGAUACAAAAUCAAUCGACAAAUCAGAUUCGUUUAUUUGCGUGACGUGUUCUUCACGAGCAACGUCACUCUUGCGCGUCGAAAGUCGUCUCUUCAGCAACACAGAUGGUGAACGGCAGAGCCAAGAAUAUGUUCCAAUCCACGGUAAAAUCAGUUUUAAAUGACCAAAAACACAUCGACACGAGUCAUUGACAACAGUCUGUCUCGCGCUAGCCAUGUCGAAUAAACUCCGCUCUCUUUGUAUGUUUACUUCCGCGCGCAAGUCCCUUGUCCUGCCGUCGCCAUUUAAUAACGUCACGUCUGCCCGUCGCUGAUUGGUCCACUCCGCUGUCUGUUUGCUGUGGCUUGCUCCGCCCUGGAAAUUGUUUCCGUGGGAAUGGUGGCCAGACUCAAUAGCUGGAACAGCGUUGAGUCUGGUGUACCAGGCUAGAUAUGCGCAUGUGUUGGACGACUCGCUGCGUAAAAAUCCAAGGCCAGCAAUUAAGGGAUCGAGAAUACAAACUGUCCAAUUGCAGCAAGUCAAUAUCUCGGCAAUCUGCCUAGGAUCGGUUUAAAGAUGCUGCUGAUGAACUAGACUUGGUGUAGAUAUGACGUUGGGAAUUUAUCCCACACCUCUGUAACAAAACAAUCUGACCAGCAGCAGAAUGUGACAAAAUAAUGCUGGUCGCCAGUCGUCUCGCUAGCACAGCUAUUCUCCCAGUCCAGGCCAAAUACGUCAUCACCUCGAGCGACCAUUGCACACUUAAAACAUGGUGCCCUCCAUAGGUCAAAACGUACUAAAUAUUGUAGAUUUUUUAAUCAAUGGCAAUAUUUUAUGUGUUUCUAAUAACACAUUUUUAGUAAAAGAGAACAAUUGUGGCUUAUUAGAACCUACAAGUCUUUAAGUCUGAGGUUCCCUUUAACCAAGUGCUUUACACCAAAACUGAAAAUUGCCAACCUUGCUAAGAAAAAGUUUUUGUUAUGUUCCUCACGAACAGUAGGAACUUGUAACAUGUCAUCAGCAUGUUUAUUUAAAAAAAAAAAUUAACCCUAGUUUCAAAUCUGGAAUUAUCAAUGGAUGUUUUGCUCUGCAUGAAGAAUAGAAUCGAGGCAUUAGAAAUUGAAAAAUUGGUGGCAUUGAAGGUUUUUUUUUUUUUUUUUUUUUUUUUUUAAUCUGCACAAAAUGAUACUUUGCUGUAAGAGGAGUCCUCAAGUUACGAACAAGUUCCAUUCUAACUCUGCCGACGUAAUCACUUUCCGCGCAAGUCUGAUUUCAUUGUUAAAGGGGAAAUUUAUGUCAAAAUACUUGGUAUAAAAAAACUAAACGACUGUAACGAGUCAGUUGCAUGUGUUUAGGUUGCAAUGUUGAUGUGUGGAGUGUUUUAAAUGCACUGCGUGACUACUGGAGAGAAGAGAGGGAGGGGUGCGCAAAGGCUCUUUUGCUAUUGUUUUUGUUGGCGUCCCCUAAGGCCAGAGGUGGGUUGUAAAGAGUUACAGUUACUUCGUUACAUUUACUUGAGUAACUUUUGGAGAAAUAUGUACUUCUAAGAUUAGUUUUACCAUGCAAUACUCUACCUGAGCAGAUUUGUUAAGAAAUUCUGCUAUUUCUCUACUUUGGGCAAUACUAGAGUCGUUACAGUUUUCCUCUUUAUUCUACAUAUUAGAUGUUACUUUUUAAUUUUUCCUUUCCACGGUAGUUCUACCAUUUUCAUCAAUGAGACGUCGCAACAAUAACUACAACUCCAUUAUACCAAUCAGAGGUAACAAUACAGUCACAUGACCAGUAACCACACGCAAGCUUGCAGUCUGAAGUCCUAUGAUAACACUGAUCUGUUCGAUUUCGUGGCGUCGAUAAAGCACUGUAAAGAAUGAACUAUUUUGCAGAGAGCGCUACAUUAUUGCAUCAACUUUACACGAAAGUGGCAGUUUUUAACCUCUUCCAGUUUUUAUCUGGCACAGACAGGUCACGGAAAGCUGGAGGAGAUAUACCAGUUUCAAUUUCCUGGUAGAAAAUAUUUUCUCCACUAGAGGGGACUCAUUCUCUUUGGAUGGAUGAUGUUUCAUUUCUGUAGAAUUUUCUAGACUGAAUUGGAUUUUUGUGUAUUUCUUUCUCCUGACAUGGUCAUGUAAUAGGUUAUUGUACAGUAUAAUAACAGUUCAUACAAUGUUGGGCUGAAAAAAGUUUUUAAAAUUACAUUGGAAGCAGUCACUCACAAUAUUACUCAUUACUUUUUACUUUUAAUGGAGUACAUUUUUUGGAUGACGUCUUUUACUUGAGUAAUAUUAUUUUGAAGUGAUGCUACUCUUGAGUAAAAAUAUUUGGCUACUCUACCCACCUCUGGCUACUGCUUACAGUAUUUGUGUUCCGUGCUUGCGUGUUGCAAAUAAACCGUUGAAAAUUCUUAAUGAAAUUGCCAUUGUCCUUGUAGAUGCUACAAUACAUUAAAAUAAAGAAAUUAUGCUGCACAUAACUAUUACUGAUAAGAGGUGAAUGGAGAAGGAGGAGGAGGCUGUGAGAGCUGUUCCAGAGGACUCGUUUGCACGUGCACUGACAUUUGGUCUGAAUAUCUUUACCGAUGUUCGUUGGUGUGUCUCCUUUCGCUGAUCUGUUCAUGAUGUUGUUUCGUUUCAAUGCAAAGAACUAGCUUUCUUAUUUAGGGCUAUAAUGUAAAAAAGGAGGUCAAAAAAAGGCAAAAGAGGUUAAAAAAAAAAUGCAAAUAUCCUGCCGGCGCAAAAGAAAAAGACAAGCGCUAAACAUUAGCUAGCAGAAAGACUGAUGCUUGGGACUAAAUGGCGGAUGAGGCACGGGCAUCGUGAAGUCGAAACGUUGGAGGUCGAGGACAUUGUAACCUGAGGACUCCCUGUAUUUCGAAUACUGCAAUUUUGACUGUUUAAUGGAAUUUGCAUCAUAAAGAGGGCGUUAAGUGCAUACAGAAACUGAAUGCCAGCAGUUGAUGAAUUUGGAUGACACCAUGACCUAAUUGCAGUAUUUUUGAGCAGCUCAUGCCUUUUUUCCCCCCGGAUGAUUACUGUUGGGGGUGAUUCUCCUCUGGCUUUUUUCUCUUAACAUGCUUAACAUAAAUGAGAACUGUAACCCCUUGUCAAAUGUACACUUUUUUUCAUUUUUUUCACUGAUUUUGCAACAAUUUUCCAGAUUUGAUCAACAGUACGCUGAUGUGGUGGAAUUUUUGUGAUUUGUAUAUUUUUCUAAUCUGGAAUUUUAAUUUUGUGUGUACCGAUCCUUUUUGUUGAAAAAAAAACAAACAUGCAGAUGUGCAUGUGCAAUUGAUGGCCCACAUUUGUGGCAGUAUAGUAGAAAAUAAUGUUUCCAACAAAGUAAACUGAAGGUUUUCCAAUAAAUCUGAAUUGGGGUCUACUCAUUUAUGUCAAACAUCGUAGAGAAUGCUGUCCUCUUGACAUUGGUUAUCCUCAUCGCCUUUGAAGUGUUUCAAGAAAUUUAAGGUUUAAACUACAUAGAGACUGACUGAAAACUCAAUCACCAAUUCUCUGGACGUGGUGUUAAUUUCAAACUAGUAAAGCAUGACACACUGUGUUAUUGUGCCUUUUGAUCACCGUUGCACAAACACAUUAAAGUACAUAUAUUCUCACAAGUAGUCUUAUCUAGAAAAUAUUGUUCUCAGUUGCUUUCAUAUUGUUUACUGCCCCACCUCUACCCUCUUUUACCCCAAAAUGUGUGAACCCCCCAUUUAUUGGUAUUCAAUGGCAUCUACUGUUUUUACAUCUCCAGAAUUGAGUGGUGGUUACUUUUUAUCCCCACCUAUUUCCAAGGAAGCCUGAACCUCAACACUGUUCUUUUGUUUUUAUCUUCAUUUAUAUUCUAGAUUUUGUAUUUUUUUUUUCUUCUUGCUUAUAACUUGGCAACUUACAUCAUUAUCGGAAAAUAUACUACUCCAUAAACGGAGUUUUUUGAUCUCAGGUUCCACUGGCAAAGCAUCGCAAGAGAUUCUUCAGAUGAGGCAGAGGAUUUAUGUUAAAAAGCAAGUAAAAUAUACUGAAAAGCAAGUCUGUUUGUCUGUGUUUUCUUAUACUUACUUUGACUUAUUACAGAAAAGGAAAUACCAGCAUGAUAUAUUUAGCAAGACUGCGGGAGACUGUUGUAUCAAUUGCCAAAAGUCAACUAUGAAAGAUUUAAUCGAUUCAUCAAAAAAAAUCUUGACUUUCUUGGGACACAGGCAGCUUAGUAGAUGCAAAUGACUUGAGCAAACGUAGCAGGAGCUCACAACAUUGUGUGAAGGCAGGUAAUAUUUUUAUUUGUAGAGUUAACCCCAUGUCUAAAAAAAUUCUAAUUUCCAGUAUUAUUAAAAUGGAAGAAUAUGUUGGUUCAGCUUUACUGCGUGUUCCAUUUCAUACAAUAUCAGCCAUGAAUUCCUGUACAAUUACAACUUAGUGUUCAAUUAAACAGGCCAGUAUUUCACGUGAAAAUCUAUGCUGAAACGGCUGGGUGGAUUUUGACUAAAUUUUACACAGUUGUACUUUGUGUCUGGGAGUGUUCUUAUUACAUGUGAGCGCAUGCCAUCUUAAUCUGUGUCCAAGGAGCAUCAUAAAAGAUUAUACACAACCAAGCGUCCAUUUCUUCAACCUGUUGCCAUCUGGCAGGCGCUACAGGGCCAUAACAUCCAAAACAAACAGAAUGAGACAUAGUCAAUUCAAUGCUGCACUUAAAUGUCACUGUCAUUGCAUUGCUAAUGCCACAACAUUGUCACAUGCAUGUCACUAAUAUGUUCUCAGACAUCUGUCUCAAUCUGGGUACUGCAUAAUAUGGGUACUGCAUUUGCAAUAUUUGCAGUUACAUUAUAGCAUUUUUGCACUAUUACAUCAAUAUGCACAAACUGCCAUUUGCACUAUCAUAAGUCAGCCAUCUGCCUCCUUGUCCGAGUACUUUAAAUUGUCAUAUAUUUUCAUAUUACCACUUGCUGCUAGUCACGUGUCUAUACUUAUAUUGUAUAUACUUCUAUUUGUUCUCUACAGUCUCCGAGACGACUGGACGGAUUUUGACAAAAUUUUACACAAUUUUACUUUGUGUCUUGGAGUGUUCUUAGAUGGGUUUGAUAUCAGUAAGCUUCUACUUAGUGUGGAAAUUUAUUUGAAACAUCAAAAAUUGAUUGUGUAGGCAAUAGCGCCAUCCUUUUGGCAAGAAACACGUCUUUUGCGAUUGCAAUGUCGCAGUUGGCUUUCACACUUGACAGUUUCAUGUAAAAAUUUAAAAUGUGCUGUGAUGAUACGCUGUGGCUUUGAGUAUUCGACAACAAAAUGAUGGGAUUUUUUAAAAAAAUUAAAAUUUUCCGGAAUAUUAAUAAGGGAUUCAUUUAGGCUGGAUAUCUUGAUCUGGUCAAUGUGUUUGUGUUUUAUAGACGCCGAAAAGGCUGGGCGGAUUUUGACGAAAUUUUACACAGUUGUACUUUAUGUGUCUGAGAGUGUUCAUAGAUACAGUAGGUUUGAUCUAUGUAAGCCUCCAUUUAGUGCAGAAAAUUAAUUCGAAACUCAAAAACAUAGCAGAAAAUAAUGCCAAUUUUCACUUUUUCCUCUGAACAACGCUGGGUCAUACUGCGCAAUAAAUUCAUCCAGCAUACAAAGGAAAAAAAUCAUGGGGAAGCCCUGAUUUCGAGGUUUCUUAUGUGUGGAUUUAACAAACCUUGGCUUCAAAAACUCAGCACAAGUAGUAUGCUGGCCAUACCGUAGUAUUUUUUAAAAAAAGAUAUUUUUUGGGCUUGAAGGUUGGGAAGGCGUUUUCUAAUCAUUACCCUCUCUGAAAUAAAAGUUUGACUCAAAUAAGUCUUGAGCAAUGAACAUUGCUUGUAUGUAGGCCUAUUAUUUUUCACUCAUGAAAAUCAUACGUGAAUAAGAU